AUGAUGUUGCUCUGGGCCUGCGCAGGUGUCCCGUUGGGAGUGUACAACAUUGUGGAAGACUUCAACAUCGCGUUGCGCAUUCAACCCCAGAUCCUGACCUUCCUGAGCUUAGUCACCUGGAUUCAAUGCAAGUACUAUGGGAACAAAUGGCCGUGGACCAAGUCUGCCACCCUGGUGACUCCAAUUGCCGCUGUCAUGGGCGGCAUUGAGGUCGGAUUGGUGUUUGCAUUGAGGGCAGCAAGACGAAACCAUGUCGACUGGCCCAUCACCUUCAUGGCGGUGUUGUCGGCCUGUUUCCUAUGUGCAGGCGUCCUGAGGCAUUAUUGGGACAUAUACAAAGAGAGAACUGUCCGAGGCAUCUCGUUCAUCUUUGUUGGAAUUGAUGCACUGGGAGAUCUGACCUCAUUGAUUUCUGUUUUCUUUCAACCCGAUCUCGAUAUACUAGGAAUGGUUAUCUAUGGGUCGGAACUUGUCUUGUGGCUAGGGUCAAUUUUCGACCUUGGUUGCGACGGCGGAUGGAAAGACGCGGAAGCGGAAAUGCGCGACAUGAGAGAAACGCAGGAGAUGGUGGCCGUCAUGAUCCGGAAGAGUCUCAGCGAACCUCGUCCAUACGGUCAACGCAGUCUUCGAGCAGCACAGUAUUCCGGACUGCGGCUGCAGUAA